AGAAUCUCAGUCUUCUGUGCCGAAUUCUGGUGAAUCUAGUAGUUCAAUUCCGCUGCAUCCUCAACUGCUUAAUGUGGCCCCCAUCAGCUGGUAUUCAUCGACACCAGAUAUCAAUGCUGGUUCAGUCUCAGUUGAAGCUAUAACUUUGCCGUCCAAGCGUAGCAACUCUCAGCGGCAUGCUGGGGCCAGCCUGCAGUGGUUUUUUUUUUCUGCUUGUCCAGCCAAAGAGGAGUGGGACAAUCUUAUAAAUCAUGCUAACGGCGGGGUUUCCCUUACUGGAUCGGCUUUGUAUGGAAAGGUUGGCCCAUUCAUGGGUUCAGUUGAUAUAGCUGAAUCUGAAGAUGCUUAUGUCUUCCGUGUUUCACUUCCCGGUGUUGCUAGGGAUGAAC